AUGAUGAACCAAGUAUAUCGUUUUCGUCCGUUAAUUUCAUUUCUAUAUCGUACACCGAUUCGUUCGUUUCAUCUAUCUUCGACACGAUCUAUUGAAUGGUCUGAUAUUGAUGAAUACACUAAUAAAGUGAAUACAUCCGUUUAUUUAACAACUGAAGUUUAUGAAAAAGAUGAUGAAUGGAUUCAAUAUGAAUCUCGUCGAAAUGAACGAUUACGUAAACGACGUGAAGAAUUUCUUCUUGGACCACCAAAACGUAAAUCUGUAGCAGCAUCAAAUGAUGAUUCUAAACCUUGUCCAUCAUCGGCAAAUUUUACUAAAAAGGAAGUUGAUGUAAAAUAUGAUCCAAAUGAUGAUCGACCUAUACAAAUGAAUGAUCCAUAUUUACCAUCGCCACAUAAAUGUAUAUUUUGUGAGCAUAAUUUAAAAAUUGAUUUUCGUAAUACAAAAUUAUUAAGUCAAUUUAUAUCUCCUCAAACUGGUUUUAUUUUUAAUCAACGUACAACUGGUUUAUGUUAUUUUAAACAAGUUGAACUUGAAAAAGCUAUACUUAAAGCUCGACGUUUUCAUUUAAUGCCAUAUAAAUGGAAAGAAACUGUUUAUUUAGAUGAUCCACGUUUAUUUAAUCCCUAUGAUAAUACAAUGAAAAAAGUUGUUAGUACAGAAAAAGAAAAAUAUGGACAUUAA